AUGGAAUCCAUGGUUUUGACUACUUCGGAGGUAAGACAACUUCGAUUAGUUUACUACAGAACCAGGGACAAACGGAACGUUUUUAGGGUCUACCUAGGCCUGGUCUUUUGUACCAUUCGAAAUCGUACCCAAACUUUGCAGGCUUUUGGAGCCUGCAAAGUUUGGGUCCGAUGGAAAUAUUGCAUGUGGGUCACAAGUAAAUGCCCUCGCAGGCUUUCGAAAAGCCCGUGACCGUCAUUUGCCGAGCUCUGUUAAACACUAAUUUCAGAAAACAAGCUCGUGGAGGGAGUUGCUCGAACUUGUGUUUCCGCCACAAUUCAAAAAUAAGAAUGUGAUCGACUCUCUGUGUACUCCUAUUCAGUACUAUGAGGAGAAAAGAAACAGUCUGCUGCUGAAUUCCUUCUCCAAAUUCUUCGAUACGAUCCCCCAAGAGAAAUUGGAGGAACUCUCGAAUUUUCUGAUAACAAGUGAGAGAGCGAUAGUUGUGCGACAAGGCAUCUUUUCAAAAAUGUUCUUACAGAGUCGCCGGAUACACUUGUAGACACUGUUCUCAACACAUGUCCAAACAUAAUGCUCGCUCUGAUGAGCUGCCUCAACUGGGAAUUGGUCCGCAAACGCUGCUUCUACAUCUUCAUCAGAGACAAGACGUCCGAAGUGCAGUUUGGCGAUGGAGCGACGUUGUUGCGUAUCCAUGAAGGAGUCGACAACUUGCCAAAAGUUCAGGAGGUCCUGGCCCCUUUCAUCAGUUUGCUAGUCAACGUCAACGUCGUCAAUUUGUACUUCCGCUGCUUUGGUAGUUCGCCUCGUGCACAUUGGUUUUAUCAUUUUGUGUAUUCCAGAUGAUAUUCAAAUCAAACAAAAUUUCCAGUCACUGUGCACCACGGAAAACUUUACCCCGCCUCCGUUCUUUAAGCGCAUGACUUCUGAUUUCGGGGACAUCUUUCCUGAAACAGAAGAAACGCACUGGUUCUUUCAAUCUUCGAGACACAACGAUGUUCGGGCCAAACAGUACAGAUGGUCGAGACGCUGCCCUUUCUGCUUCACAUCAAUGCAAGGAAAGUACUUCAGACGAAUCAUCACUGAGAGAAUCAUGGCGAUGAAUGGCAAUAGCAAUAGUAACGAACCAUCCACCUAA